UUUUUUAAUUGUAAAGUUUAUAAGCCAGUUAGUUCUUUACUCUUUGUUACAAGCACAAGAUUCAAGACAGAACUAGUUUUUGCUAUAAUUUGAUUUUACAAUGUUGAUUAAUGAACUUCCAGAUGAUUGUUUACUCACCAUUUUUGAUUACUUGAAUAACUUGGAUGAUUUAAUAAACUGCUAUAAAGUGUGUAUCAAAUGGAGCUAUUUAAUUGCUGAGCGAACGAGGAAAGUUAAAUAUUUGCUGGAAUUUUCAAAGGAUCCUGCCUAUUCAUCUGAUCUUGUUUAUUAUCAAAGACUAGAUUUGGGCACUAGAUAUGAAACAUUGCUGUACACAUUAUUUCCAAAUUUACUAAUUUUGCACAAUUUAACUUUAUAUGAUGCCGCUUUUGUUCGUAGAGUACCGGUAUUUGCUUUCUUAAAUAAAUUAAAAGAUGUUGCAAAGAAAAGAAAAGAUCUUGAAAGAUUUGAUCAAGGUUUCAGGGUUCUUAAAUCUUUGAAAGGAAUCAUCAAUUGCUGACAUGAAAAUAUAGAAAUACUUUGUGAUAAACUGGAAUUGUUAUCCUCCAGUCGUAUUGAGCCAGGUAUCCUACAGAAGGGUUCCAGUAUAAAGCAAUUGCACACUUGGUAUGUUUAUGAGGAUUUCAAAAGAGCUGCGCAUUAUUUUCCGAAUCUUGAAAGACUACAGAUUCUUAUCGAUGAUAAUCACUACAAAGGUCCCGUACUUGAAAAGCUUGAAAUACUAGAAAUGAAAUUAUUAUCUCAUCAUGAGAUUUGUUAUGCUUUCCAGGUCAUGGAUGCAUGUCCAAAUUUAAAAAGUGCACAUCUUCUCGUUCAUACUAAUCGCUUAUUUGUUGAUGAAAAAUUGAAACAAAAAUGUUUGCAAGAUUUAGUUAUAGAUUAUGUAAGUAUCAAAACCAUUUG